UGAAAAGGGCAGAGCAAAAGAAGGGAUGUUAGGUGUAGUAGCAGUUCAACUCGCGGUGUAUUCGCCUCUUCCCGUUCGCCCCCAUCCCCAUUCUUUGUUCUCACCCUUCUCCUCCGGUCCUCCUCUAUAUUUCUCCUCCUUAUCCUCCUUGUCUCACGGAAAAUUCAUCUCUCUUAAUCGCACCAUGAGGCACCCUCUCCUCGCCAAUUCCGCCUCCAAUUUUCCCCGCGAUGGUCCCGACGACGACGGUGGCGACGAGGUGCUUGCGGGGCUCGAUUCGGCCUCCAGAAACGGCGAAGGGGAGGACAGGUUCGAAAUCGAGGUCGAGAAGGUCGGGGAGCAGAAGAAUAGGCGGAGGAUACAGUCCCGGGUCCGUGUGAACGCCGAGUUGGAGUCGGUGUGGAGCGUCUUAACGGACUACGAAGGCCUUGCCGACUUCAUCCCCAGCUUGGCCGUCAGCCAGCUGCUCGACAAGAAGGACAAGUUUGCGCGGCUUUAUCAGGUCGGUCAGCAAAACCUGGCGCUCGGUCUCAAGUUUGAUGCAAAGGGUGUCCUAGAUUGUUACGAGAGAGAUCUCCAGGUAACGUCUCGUGGUCGGCGGAGGGAUAUCGAUUUCAUGAUGGUCGAAGGUGAUUUCCAUAUAUUUGAAGGGAAGUGGUCGAUUGAACAGAUUGGAUAUGAUGUUGACGAAGACGAGAAAAUUCUGGUGGGGAAAGAAUUCCAGACGACACUGUCCUAUGUCGUGGAGUUGGUGCCAAAGCUUUGGUUACCUGUCCGCCUUAUUGAAGGGAGACUUUGCAGGGAAGUGAAAACUAAUCUUUUAUGUGUUCGAGAAGAAGCUCAAAGAAUCCAAAGACUGAAAGGCGAAAUGCUUGACAUCUGAUUUUAAAGCUCAGUGAACUUGGAACACAAACAUGAUGAGAUGUAAUGCAAAAAGCUGCUACCUGCCAUCAUUCAAGGUGCAUCUCCUAAAGCUAAUCAGCAGAAGAUACAAGGUUAGCAUUGGCUUCCAACCAAUCUUUGUAACAGAGACCAUUGAGAGCUCUUAUGAAAACUUCUUUCUAGCUAAACAUGUUUUAAGAACUUACAUAAUGGGGUGUAUGUAUAUUUGAAAAUAACUUUGGCUGAUGCCUUUGGACCCCUCCUGCCUUUGAGAAGAGAUGUUUUUCAAACUCGAGUCAGCCCACUAUAAAAGCACAAGAGAGAAUAAGUUGUGAAGAAGGUUCCAGGAACCUGUCAUGACCGAAGAAUCUGGAUGAUCUUUUCCCAGCUGAUGAAGUCUUCUCCCGCCCACUUUGCUUGCCAGCAAUGCUUUGGUGUCAAUAUCCCUUUCAGGCUUGCACUGAAAGUUAAAGCUGUAGUUAAGUAUUGACUCCAUUUGCUGCAAGUUGGAGGAGCCCAUGACAGCGUCCGGAGUUCAGCGCAGUUCAUGCUUUUGAUCAAUCAGCACUGAGCACGGUAUAAUCUCAUUAGACUCUGCACUAAACUGCAGCUUUACCAGUCUUAUCUUCAUCUUUGUUCUAUUAUGAACUCUGAUCUCUUCAGAAUCUUACAUAAUUUCAUA